CAGUUCCAAAGACCCACUUUCUUACCAAUGUUAUGUUCAAGACCUUCCAUCAAGAACGUGACUGUCCCGUCUAAAUUACAUCAAGAAGACCAUCAAACCGAUCCGUUGUCUCCCAAAAUCAGCUGCAUUGGUCAGGUCAAACGAAGCAACAAGAUCGUCGGCUAUCCCACCACCAGCUCCUCCUCCUCCAUCACCCCCGCCAGUCACCACCGUUACUUCAAGCUUAAACGUCUCUUCUCCGGCAAGAAUCUCACUUUCUCCGCUCCCACUACCACCAGCACCAAGACUAGUCGAGGAAGAAUCAGAAAAGAGGAGUUUGAUAACAAAAAGAUUGCUGUUAUCGACGUUGCACAAUUGGACCCUCCGUUGCCGGUGGUUAAGAAGAAGCUCGACGGUGGUGCCGGAGAUAAA